GGCAAAGUUUGACUUUCUCUCUCCCGCUGAGGUCAGGAACAAUGGCGACUCUCGAAAGGACUGGUCUUCUCUUUGUCGCCACAUUCGCCGGUUUGCUCUAUUGUGUGCAUGGCCAGCUCGAAGCAAGGACUCUCUUCAGUCAAUGGAAGCAUGAACACAACCGACGGUACAAAACGGUUGAAGAAGAGACGGCGAGGUUUGCUACGUUCCAAGAAAACCUCCUCAAGAUCGACAAACUGAACGCUGAAUACAGCGGGACGGAGUUUGCCAUCAACCGGUUUGCAGACAUGUCAGAGGAGGAGUUCAGGUCGAAGAUUCUCAUGCGGCCCCGCCCUCCCCCUCAACACCCUAAACACAGAUAUUUGUGGCACGACGGUGAAGUCAAGGAUCUACCGGAGGCAUACAACUGGGUGGACCAUGGAGCCGUCACUCCCAUCAAAGAUCAGGGCUCGGCUGGAUCCUGCUGGGCUUUCAGCACCAUAGAGAACCUGGAGGGGCAGUGGUUCCUCACGAGCCAUCCUCUCACAAACCUGUCGGUGGAACAAGUGGUGGAUUGUGAUGACAGCACUGACCCAAAAACCGGCAAUGCUGACUGUGGGGUGUUCGGAGGUUGGCCCUAUCUUGCCUUUCAGUACAUUAAGCGUGUGGGAGGUAUAGAGAAGGAGGAGGACUACCCGUACUGUAGCGGGCUGGGAGGGAAGAAGGGCACCUGCUUCCCCUGCCCCGCCCCCGCCUAUAACGCCAGCAUGUGCGGUCCUGCCGUCAGCUACUGUAACGAAACGGAGAGCUGCGGCUUCAGACUCGACAAGUCCAGGUUCAUUCCGGGACUACAGGUCACGGACUGGAAGGCUAUUGACCAGAACGAGACGACGAUAGCGGGGCAGCUGAUGGAGAUCGGGCCGCUGUCCGUGGCGCUGAACGCCGCCCUGCUGCAGUUCUACCACAGGGGGGUGUUCGAGCCGCACUUCUGCGACCCGAAAAGCCUGGACCAUGCUGUUUUGCUGACUGGCUGGGGCGUGGAGAAGACCAUAUUCGGAGAAAAGAAGCCCUACUGGAUCAUCAAGAACUCCUGGGGGAAGAAGUGGGGAAUGGACGGCUACUUCUACAUCAAGCGGGGGGUCGGGAUGUGCGGCAUCAACACACAAGUAGCCACUGCCAUUCUCCAGAAAACUUAACGGUACACAACCACAGGCAUGGGUCUUUUCCGCGGUAGUGCGCGGUAGGAAAAGUAAGGAAAAGGGUUUCAAGGGUCUGAGUUUGAAUUCGCAAUACGAUAAUCUGCUGCAAAUACGGAUGACAUUAAAUACUAACAUGAUGACUGAACAGUGUAAGAAGUAUUUUUUGUGAAAAUUGCUUUUUGACUCGAGCCUUAGCUUACUUUCGGGUACGUUUCUGUGCUGAACGUGGCGCGUCCGUUUGUCCAUCACUGGCGUUGUGUAAGUGCAUGGAGGUUCUACCUCCAUGGUAAGUGGAAUUGCUACACCUCUCGCCGUGGCUGAUUUCUUUAUAAUCGACUAGAGUACACUCAAGGUUUUCUCUCUGCCAAUUUCAGUAAUAUUUGCCGUGAUUUCCCCCCGUAGGUAUUGUCAUAUCCUCAAAUUUGCGUCUUAUUUAUGACAUGACAGUAACGAUUUUUUGUGAACUUUUAAGGGAUAUUCUUUAUAGCAGUAUAUAGUUAUGUUUCUUCCAAAUUAUUCCCUGAGAGAAACGGUCACUUGACAGAGUAACAGGUUGCUGAUGAGCAGGAGGGUGAUUUCACCCCCCCCCCAUGAAAACCAUCACUUGAUACACGUUUUUUAAAUGCACGGACAUAAUGUCCUUGUUAAAUGCAAAGUCCUACAAGAAUGUGAUGUCGAGGAACAGCAUGAUACAAAUCAAUCUACGAGUGAAAUACUUCUCAGAGCAGCUGCGCAACCUUUUAAUUACAGUUUGCCCGGUCUAUUGAAACACGAAUAAAACACGGAGACGUCAGUCUCAUACCAAGCGAAUCUCUGCCAAAACCUGGGAACGCAAAGCAAAAACAUGCAAAUAUUUGACGGACUCAUUGGUAGAAUGUCUAAUCACCAUGCUGUAAUUAAUUGUGAUGGGCGUCAAGAUCUGUCUAUUAAAUGUUCAGGCAGAACGCAUACGUAUGAAAGAGUUUCAUCCACCCACACUAGUUGCAGCGUUUUCUAUGUGGAAACAACCAAUAUCUGACGGUAACAACCAUCUUCCAGUGGUGUGAUCUGUUUCCAUGUCAUUUAAAGAUUUCCA